GGGCCUACGAGGAAGUCCGACCUCGUGAGGAAUCUGCUGUCGGGAAUGAGAAGCCCAGGCCUUCGUGAGCGGGACCAGAGCUCCGCCUCGCUGUCCCGGCGCUGGGAGGGACGGCGGGGAUCCACUCCCUUUGCACCACUGGUCCGCUGACUAAGGACGAAUGCAGUAAUUCCCUGCGGACAUGGAAGAUUUUUGCAGAACUGGCACCAAAUGGUUUCAACAAAUCAAUCGUAUUCACCAUGACUGUUGCCUUGUGAGUUUAGUGAAGAAAGUUCAACAAGAAAAGAACUGAUCCAAAGAUACCUAUGUUGACCAUGGCCGUUCCCAUAGCAGUUCUUGAUUGUGAUCUCCUGCUUUAUGGGCGUGGACAUAGGACCCUGGAUCGGUUCAAACUGGAGGACGUCACUGAUGAGUAUCUGCUAUCCAUGUAUGGCUUCCCACGUCAAUUCAUUUACUACCUGGUGGAUCUUCUAGGUGCCAGUCUCUCUCGACCUACCCAGCGUUCCAGGGCCAUCAGCCCAGAAACACAAAUUCUUGCUGCUCUAGGUUUUUAUACUUCUGGCUCUUUCCAGACUCGUAUGGGAGAUGCCAUUGGCAUCAGCCAAGCAUCUAUGAGCCGUUGUGUUGCCAAUGUUACUGAGGCCCUGGUGGAGAGGGCUUCUCAGUUCGUUCAUUUCCCAGAAGAUGAAGCAUCUGUUCAAAAUCUGAAGGAUGAUUUCUAUGGGCUGGCAGGUAUGCCAGGAGUAUUAGGACUUGUUGAUUGUAUCCAUGUAGCAAUAAAGGCACCCAACGCAGAGGACUUGUCAUAUGUGAAUCGAAAGGGCCUUCAUUCUUUAAACUGUCUGAUGACAUGUGAUGCCAGAGGAAUGCUACUUAGUGCAGAAACACACUGGCCAGGCAGUCUACAGGACUGCACUGUACUGCAACAGUCAGCCCUAAGGAGCCAGUUUGAAGCUCGCCUACACAAAGAUGGCUGGCUUCUAGGUGAUAGUUCUUUCUUUCUUCGUACUUGGCUAAUGACGCCACUGCAUAUCCCUGAAACACCUGCAGAAUACCGUUAUAACAUGGCACAUUCGACCACUCACAAUGUCAUCGAACGAACAUUUAGAACAAUGCGUUCUCGGUUCCGUUGCCUGGAUGGGUCGAAGGGCACCCUGCAGUAUUCUCCAGAGAAAGCCAGCCAUAUUAUCCUGGCCUGCUGUGUGCUUCAUAACAUCUCCUUGGAGCAUGGGCUGGGUUUGUGGUCUUCGCCAACCGUAGGACAGAUUGAACAGCCAGAGGAAGAAUAUGAGCAUAUGGAAUCACUUGAUUCUGAAGCCGAUCGAGUUCACCAGGAAUUAUUGCUGACUCAUUUUAGCUAGCCUAAUGAGAUACACCAAGACAGAUUUAAGAGAAAAUGAGAAAAAAACAUAAAUUGUAGAUCUUGAUUUUCCUUUAAAAUUAGGAAAGUUAGAACUAGAGAGAGAAUUAUAGCUACUAGAGGGCAGACAGUAAUGAAACCUUCAUUUUCCAUUUGGGGAACAUUCUGCAUCUUUGGCUCAUUGUUCAUGCUGCAUUUGAGUCCCUUGAUGCUUAGUAUUUCAAUAUAUGCUCAUCUUAAUUUCAGCAUUAUUGGGGGACAGUUCAUGAAGGAUGUCAACAUGAGAUUAGAGUGGACAAUUAUACUGGGAGAAUGUUAUGAUAUUUUAAGCACUGCAGAAUGUAACAAUACUAUCUUGUGUACAGUAUAAUCAGAUUCCAAACAACAGAGUUUAGACUGAAAUUCAGACUUGACCUGUGCACAGUGAAAAAUGACCUAAACAUUCCUUUUUUCCAGGAUCUAUUUCCCACUGUUGUGUGCCUUUCUUAAAAUCCCGUAUCAACUGUAUAUAUGUGACAGAAUGGUGAAGGAUCUUUUCUGUCAUGCAAAAUGGUGAUUUUCAUGCUGAAGUAUAUUUGGUUUUUCAAAGGCCUUAUAUACAUAUUUAUAGAAUGAAUAGAAAGUAGGUACUAAAGCUGUUUCCCUGUAAGGAACAUUACGACAGCAAAAUCAGUUAAUUGAGUUCAUAGGCUUGGCUCUGGAACAGUGUUUCCAUGGGCACAAGGACUUCUGCCCAUGGAGUGUGAUUUUCUUACCUCUUCCCUCCCACUGCAGCCCCAAUGCCUACUGAAAUGCUGUUCCUGGGGGACAGCCCCCG